CGCAGGCGGGGAUGGAUGCCGGCGGUGUAGCGCCGCCCGGCGGGGCGGGGGGCCGGCUGGGGAGGUGGCCGCCGCCCCUCGGCGGGACCGCGGGGUGAGAGCGGAGCAACGGGCGGCGGACACGGAGCAGCUCUGCUUACAGCUCCCUGCACGGCGCUGCCAUGACCCUCACCAAGGGCUCCUUCACGUACUGCAGCGGGGAGGAGUAUCGCGGGGAGUGGAAGGAAGGACGCAGGCACGGUAUCGGCCAGCUGACGUUUGCUGAUGGCACCGCCUACGUGGGGCACUUUGAGAACGGUCUGUUCCAUGGCUGUGGAGUGCUCAGCUUUGCUGAUGGCUCCAGGUAUGAGGGGGAGUUUGUGCAGGGCAAGUUUAGCGGUGUUGGCGUCUUUACCCGCUAUGACAACAUGACCUUCGAGGGCGAGUUCAAAGGCGGACGUGUGUAUGGCUUUGGUCUCCUGACGUUCCCUGACGGCUCUCAUGGGGUUCCCCGCAACGAGGGCUUCUUUGAGAACAACAAGCUGCUGCGGCGGGAGAAGUGCCAGGCGGUGAUCCAGAGGGCCCAGACUGCCUCCAAGUCUGCUCACAACCUCACAGCGUGAUGGCACCCUGGCACCUGCAUCCCCCACCCGCUGCAGUGGGACUCCCCCUGGUACUGGCUGACCCAGGGCAGGGCCAUGGCACUGCAAUCCAUUCCCUCGCCAGCCACCCAACUUUGGCAGGACUGGGAGUCCUUCCACUGCAUGGGAAAGACCUCCCUGCCAAACUGUGCUGGUGGGGAAAACAGACCCCUGUGCCCUUCACCCAAGUGCCCCUAGGUGGCUCUCUGCUUACUGGGGCCACCGUGGUGCCUUCUCCCUCUGAUUGCUGCCCUCCCCCUUCCCCACGAGGAGCCUCCACUCUGGCCCCAACCCCACCAGAGCAGCCACCAGCAGGAAUGAGGGAUGGCAUGGCUGGAACCAAACAGAGGAGUUGGGGUUGGGGCUGGCUCCUGGCCCUAUUGCCUAGGGUGCCUAUGCCUGCAGGCAGUGGGCAGCUGGCUGGACCAUGUGUGCACAGAGGGACAGAUCCUGGCCUGCUUCUCCAGCCCAGGUCCCCAGGCAGUGUGGGCACUCCGUGGCCUGUGCCCUCAACGCUGCACCCACUGGGCAGUGUGACAUGAUCCCCCAUGCUCUUGGGAUCAUGGAAAGGGCAAUUGACUGUAUCACUCUCAUCACUGUGCCUACCCAGCCCAUUUGAUGCCUUGGAGACAUCUCCACUGAUUGGGGCCAGGAGACGCUUGGCCUGACAUUCAUCCUGUGUCCAGAAGGAGCUGGGUGAAGGCAGCAGUGAUGAUGAGAAAUAAACAGAUUCAGACCAAACUAGGGGCAAGGGGCUGAGGCAAGGCAGCAUGAAGUGCCAGGUUUGGUGCAGGGGACCUGGGCUGGGUGGGCAGGGAAAAGAGCAUGACAAGGGUGCAGGCAGGGUGCAGGUAGCUCCCCAUCUUGCUCCAGCACUUGCAUCCUUCAUCUCUCCUUGUGUGUACCUGCCUUCUCCCCCCAGCAUGGCCCAGCUUACCAGGACACGGCCCUUGUAUCCCUCUCAGCCCAACUGUGCCCUCCCUGAAGGUUUUGCCCACACCGGUCCCGUGCCUUGCUGUGUCCCUGCCUUGUGCUGCUGCCUGUAUGGGCCUCAGCAGAGUAAACCAUGUUGCCAAACUCC